UCGGGGCUAUUUUGGGCAGGCAGCGAGGGCUGCAGCUCUGACAGAUGAGGAUACUGUACCAGAGUACAGCAGCACUUGUUGCUCUGAAGAACUACCGUAACAGGGACUGCUCCUCUGCUGCCUGCCUUUUCUUAAUUAUUAUUAAUUUAAUUGCCUGCAAACUUGUUUACUCCAGUGCUUUUGAGCUUUAUCAUUACAAGUGAUGUUUUAACAGCUUUGUGGGAGAGGUUCAGAAGGGAAACUCACACGCCGUGCAGUUGAAACCUCCUUUUGCCACUUAAUAUCAAGAGAUCAGCUGGCAGCUUUGGGGGUGAAAAAUGACAGACUGUGUUGCUGCUAAUGGGGAAGGAAAGGACCCUGAAAUUGAGCUCUUUGUGAAGGCUGGUAUAGAUGGAGAAAGCAUUGGGAACUGCCCAUUCUCCCAGCGUCUCUUCAUGAUCCUGUGGCUCAAAGGAGUUGUGUUCAAUGUCACCACUGUUGAUCUGAAAAGAAAGCCAGCUGACCUGCACAAUCUGGCUCCUGGGACCCACCCACCUUUCCUGACAUUUAAUGGAGAAGUCAAGACAGAUGUUAACAAGAUUGAGGAAUUCUUGGAAGAGAUUCUUGCACCUCCAAAGUAUCCCAAGCUGGCUGCUAAGCACCGGGAAUCAAACACUGCUGGAAUUGAUAUAUUUUCCAAAUUUUCUGCAUACAUCAAAAACACCAAGCAGCAGGAUAAUGCUGCUCUUGAAAGGGGCUUAGUAAAGGCUCUGAAGAAGCUGGAUGACUACCUGAGAACUCCCCUGCCCGAGGAGAUUGAUGCAGACAGCACUGAAGAGGAAAAAGUGUCUAAACGCAAGUUUCUGGAUGGAGAUGACCUGACACUUGCUGACUGCAACCUUCUGCCCAAACUCCAUGUUGUCAAGAUUGUUGCAAAGAAAUACCGCAACUUCGAGUUCCCGGCGGAGAUGACGGGGCUGUGGCGGUACCUGAAGAACGCGUACAGCAGGGAUGAGUUCACCAACACCUGUGCAGCAGACAAAGAAAUCGAGCAAGCCUAUGCAGAUGUGGCCAAGAGGCUCAGCAAGUCCUAACUGCCCCCAGCCAUGGCUCAGUAUCCCCUUUUACAGACUCUGCUCCUUGUUGCCUUAAGAUGUACUUUAUCGUUA